AUGGCGAAUGGCUCAAAGUCGCCGACGCUUACGCCUCAAUUCUGCUUCGCAACGAGCGCCGUCCGAGACUUCUUGCGCAUAUCACGGUCAGCCAUCGAUGACUCUAUUACCCAGAAUCUCAACGCCCUCGUUACGCCCGCACGCGCAGGCUUCGAUCCUUCAUCGACACAGUAUCGCACCCCGAAAUCGAAUACGAGGGAGGUCGAUCCACAAGCCUGUCAAUACUUCAAGGACAAGGUGCUCUUCCCGUCAUGGGAGUCCCGAAGGGACGUCCUGUACUACUGCGGAGUUGUUGCGGCGAGCCCGGACCCGGAUGAUCCCGAUGCUAUGCUAAGAGAGAUGGAAAAGGAAGAGAACAGCCAACGGAUGGUUGACGAGCGACUCGACCCGUACUCGAGCAGGUUCUUCCCCCGGGAGGCUCGGACAGAGACACUGGCUGCCAUUAUCCGUCAGGAAACCCAAGUGGAAAACAUUGUUAGAACCAAGACUUGGACCACGGUUCAACAAAGAUGCGGCGGCAACGGCGACAGCUGGGAACAAGCCGCUUCUCGAUGGAGAGAGUCUCAAAAGACCAUCAGAUCAUGA